AUGGCAGCCUUGGGGGAGGUGCCAGGAAACGAGCUAUCACGUGACAAGGCGGCGUUGAGGAAGUUAGCAGCGGCCAUAUUGGUUUUGACGAAAGUGGUCGGUGUGAACAGCACGGUCAUGGAUGCCAAGGGAAAUAAAGUUCUCGUUUGCGACAAUGGAACAGGGGUAAGAUUGAUAAGUUGUUACACAGCUGGAAGUGAUGUUUAAAAGCGAACUAGUUUGAUUCAAUAUUUUUAAAUUACAGUUUGUCAAGUGCGGAUAUGCAGGCUCAAACUUCCCAGCUCACAUCUUUCCUUCGAUGGUGGGCAGACCCAUUAUUAGAUCCACAGCGAAAGUAGGAGAUAUUGAAGUGAAGGUUAGUGUUUCAUGUUUUGACAUCGUUUAUUUAACUCAAAAGUUCAAGCUUUACUCUCGUUCAAACUGAAAAAGUUGUGUUUCAAAAACUACUGUACGUCCGUUGUUUCGCCCUUUAGGAUCUGAUGAUUGGAGAUGAAGCCAGCAAACUAAGAUACAUGUUAGAAGUGAACUAUCCAAUGGAUAAUGGAAUUGUUCGAAGCUGGGAGGACAUGAAACAUGUAUGGGACUACACGUUUGGAGAAACAAAGCUUAACGUUGAUCCAACGAAUUGCAAAGUGAGCACUAAAUAACUUUUUCAUUAUCGUACCCCUACUGCACAAUAAUUAACUUAAGUUUUAUUGCCCCAUUAAAACUAAAUUGACAAUUCUUGUCCAGGUUUUCUCAUUUAGUCUUUAAAUUUAGGUUCUGCUUACCGAACCGCCUUUGAAUCCGACGAAGAACAGAGAAAAAAUGAUUCAGGUAAGUUCACAACUCUUGGUCUCUUGAGGUUUCAUUUUCAAAAAGCUCACUUGAUAAAGCUUAUGCUUCAAGUGAGAACAAUUAGGUCAAGGUUUCUUGCAAACUUUUAAAGUGUUGUGAAGGUUAUAGUUUAUCUGUAAAAGUUAACACAAGUGGCUUAGCAGAUUAGCACAAUAUCUAGAGGAACAAACAAUUCAUGCCACGAAAAUUUAUAUCUUAAACUUGUCUGUGAGUGUGUCUUGCAUCAAGUCUCAUCUGCUGGGGUAAUAACUCGUUCUUUAGUAUCUCAUCUAUUUAUUGCUGUUACUUUUGAAGGUAAUUAUUUCACAGAACAUGGCAAAUUCAUUGCUUAAUCACUUUGCAUUUGAAAGCCAGUUAAACAGUUUUAUAAAAAAUUUACAAAGAAAUAUAAAGAUGUUAUUUCCUCAUGUAGUGAAAGAAGGAUAAUAUUUGUCUUGGUUUUUUUAUCUGGGGUACUGAGACCAGUUCUCCCUUUGCUGCUAAUUUUAUUUGAUGGGGAAGCUCUCAAUAAAGUUAAAGCAGAUAAGACAAUGAAGAAUUAACUUUAUUGUGACUAAAAAUCUUGAGCUUACAAACCAUUCAAAACUUUCACUCACAGGAGUGGCAUAGAGGUAAUUUGAUACAACAUAAAUUCACUAUUAGCAGUAAGCAGACAGGUGAAGAGAAUAAAGUUAUAUCACUUGGGUAAUAUUUGAUUUGAAACUAGAUUCUCAGAAUUAAAAUUUUAGAAAAUGUACAGUAGACAAUAAGGAGAAUUGGCAUUGAGAUCCUAGUGGUGAGAAAAUAAUCUUUUUCUUUAGAAUUCCUGGGCAUGAUUGAGCUAACAUUACAAAGUGGUGACUUUCUCUUAAGCCAGAGAUUGUCAUAGAUCUAGAGGGAAAAUGACCAUUUGGUGGCCUAUUGUUUUGCUUGUUGAAAUUUUGAACUGCUGUCCCAGAAAUAAUCAAUGGGUCAAAUUUGACUUCAAAAUCUCAGUAUUGGUUCAGAUUUUGAAAUUACUUUUGAACUAACAGAAAACUUGCAUUGAUUACUUUUGGAGAGGGUCCCUAUAAAAAGUAUAACUACAUCUUAACAAUGAAUCACAAGUAGAAAUGAUGUUUGCUUAUAUUGAAUCAUAGCUGGUAUGAUGAAAUAAAUUUUCUCAAUUUUUGAUUUGUUAAUACAGGUCAUGUUUGAGAACUACCAAUUUGAAGGUGUUUAUAUCGCUAUUCAGGCUGUUUUAACUUUGUAUGCACAAGGUGAGUAGAUAGUGAUCAUAGCAUAAGUUGACUUAGAUUGGUAUCUUUGUACAUGUAGUUGUAGUACCUAACUCUACUAUGUGUACUGCCCCUAUCCUGUUUUAACUUUUUGUAUUAUAUCAAGUAUAGCACUUAGGUUUUUAUUAAGGUUAUGACAGUGAAUGACAUUUCAACAAUGAUGCGAGUGACAGUGGCUGUUAUUUUGACAACCUGAAAAGGAGUUAGUGUUCAAUUCAAAUGAAUUGACUUUACUGAUGACUUCCAAAGUGGUUGUUAACUAUUCUUUCUUAUUUUGCUAUAUUGUAAUAUGGUAAAUUGUCUUUAUUCGUUGGACAUACAAAACAAUUUUUUCUUGCCAUCUAUAGGUUUGCUGACUGGUGUGGUAAUAGACUCUGGUGAUGGAGUGACUCAUAUCUGCCCAGUUUAUGAAGGCUUUGCUCUGCCUCAUCUCACCAGGAGAUUAGACAUAGCUGGACGAGAUAUUACCAAAUAUCUUAUCAAGGUAACUAUUAACCUUAACCUACUUGCUCUGUCGUUUUCACAGAAUAAUGCAAAAAGUUUCAAUCCAAAGCUAAUCAGGUGUGUUUAUCUUUUCUUUGUUCUUGGUACUAAAUUGAUCCCAGGGAAUGAAAGAAUUCAAAAUUUCUUAACAAUAAGGAGCCUCUCAUUCUGUGCAACUAAAGGGAAGGGUUUUCUUGUUGUUUAGACAUGAAAGAAAAUAUAAAAAGGAAGUUCAGUGUCAAAUGAUGGUUUUUUAAGAUCCUGAGAAGGUAGUUCAUCUAAAUAAUUGAUCCCCUUUUUGGCUUUUUUUCUUUCACUUAAAUCCUUUUCAUUUUCCCAUGACACAGUUAUGGCAAUCAUUAAUAUCUCCAAGUAGUAUUUCCUCCAUGAAAAAUUACUCAUUAUCAUAAAAAGGACUGCUUAAAAAUAUUGUGGUAGGGUUAAACCAAUGCAAAGUGCAAAGAAAAAUUUUACAACGUUACCAUUUGCUCUCCUGUAUUUUGAAUGAUAAGUUUGUGUUUGUUUGACAGUUGCUUCUGUUGCGCGGAUAUGCAUUCAACCACACUGCUGACUUUGAAACUGUCCGUAUGAUGAAAGAAAAGCUCUGUUAUGUCGGGUAGGUAGAAUUUUCAUCCAUGCCUUGAUACAAAUAGUCAAAUAUCUCAAUUAAAAUGUAAGUUAACUCCUUUAGAUAAACCUUUUUCCUUAGGCUCCCGAAAUCAAGUCUAAAGUGUAGAGUAUAAAUCCCAUUGUGUUCACACGAAGAUAAAGCAUGGUAAAGCAGUUCAUUUCAAUGUUCAUUUUGUCUGCUUAUUAUAUAUUACAUUUGUUAUAUUAAGGUACAACAUUGAACAAGAACAAAAGCUGGCCUUAGAAACAACAGUUCUUGUAGAACAGUACACAGUAAGUCUUAGAGACAUUUUUGGUCAUUAUUUCAAUCUGCUCUCCCUGGUAAGCAAAAUCAGUAACUUUUUUAUUGAGUUUUAGGGAAUCAUUACUUGCAAACUUAGUAUUCUUAAUAAAAUUCUUUUUAUUUACCAACUAAACUGUGAAACUCAUGGUAGGCUGAAAGGUUGAUGAACAUGUGCAGGCUUAGUUUCAGGGUAUGUAGUUCAGUGGGUGUGGCACUUUGGUAUUCGAGUUUGGUUGAAGUUUUUAUUUUCCUUGUUGUCUGCCUCUCGCCACUUAACUGCUAGGCAAGAACUUUCAUCUCUAAGCAUAUGACAAAUCCUGCCAAAUUUUUAGUAUGAGUCAAGUUUUUUAUUUUUCAAGGCAAGAUGUCAUCAAUCCUCGUACAACUCUCAGCUAAGGAAAAAAAGACUUGAUAAUUUCUUCUUGUAAUAAGUCAUUCUUCUUUGUAAGCUUCCAGAUGGACGGGUUGUGAAGAUGAGUGGUGAGCGAUUUGAAGCACCUGAGGCAUUGUUUCAACCCCAUCUCAUCAACAUUGAAGGAGUGGGUGUGGCAGAGCUCUUGUUCAACACCAUCCAGGCUGCAGACAUUGAUACCAGAGCAGACUUUUACAAGCACAUUGUUCUGUCUGGUGGUACCACUAUGUACCCUGGCCUACCAAGCAGGCUAGAGAGGGAGAUCAAACAGUUGUAUCUGGAGAGAGUUCUUAAGGGAGAUACCACAAAAUUGUCGGUGUGUAACCACCGUAAUUGCUCCCCUUUUCUUGUCUUUUGUUUUUUUUUUGGUUCAUGCCAAAAGACACAACUUGAACAAUGAUUGAAUAAAUUAGUUGAAUAACAUCAAUUUGAUCUAACUAGGUAGUUAGGAAAGGUCCUCUCUCAAAUUGUGAAAAUUUCCAAAGGUUACUGUCACAAUUGGCAUCUUGAUAUCAGAAAUGAAAUCUGCAAUAAUUCAUGCUCUGAAACAUAUUGUGGACUAGAGAGACCUCAGAAAUUAGAUAUAUGAUCAUGAACCUUUCAAAGUUCUUGCUGUUGUAGAAGAUAAUUUGGUUGAUUAUCAACUGAGUUGAUAAUGAAAUUAGCCACAGUAAACAGUUUCUAAAGCUGACAUUUCAAUUGUUAGUCCUUCAUCAGAGUGGAGAGGAAUGGUAGGUUGUGUGCAGUUAGUUGGUCAGUCUUUAUGUCUUGGGCUUGUCUUAUGUUAUCAAGAAAUUAGAAUGUAUAUUAAAAGUUUCCUUAAACCAAGUUCACUUUUUUGCUAUUUUCAUCAUUAUUCACAGAAAUUUAAAAUCAGAAUUGAAGAUCCACCCAGAAGGAAACACAUGGUGUUCCUUGGUGGUGCUGUGCUGGCUGACAUUAUGAAGGACAAAGAAGGAUUCUGGAUGACACGGCAAGAAUAUCAAGAGAAAGGACUUAAAGUUUUAGAGAAGUUGGGAGUGAAAGUUGGUUGAAGUCAGCUAGGUAAUUAGAGAAAAGAUAUAGAGAUUUUGUUAACAUGGGGAGGAAAAAACAACAGAAAAUUUCAAAUUGAAAUAAUGGGCAAACUCUUCUAAACAAGCUCUCUUAUGUGAUCAUUUUUUUUUUUAUGCCAUAAGAGGUUUACCUGUUCACAUUUGCCUUUCUCUUCAUCUCCUCUUGAGGUGAAAAGAUUUUCUGCUUACAUUUUAAUUGAAGGAAAAAAAAACAAUCAAGUGUACAUAAAUUCUCCUUUAGAAACUUCUGGUCAUUUCUGCCUCAGUUUUGGAAAAGUGCAUUGAAAUAAUUGAUGGCAAAAUAGUAUAUUUGAUAGGUUGAAAUCAGACCAUUUACAACAUCAUAAAUUUGCAAUGAAAUACUGCAAAAAAAAGUUUCUAUUGUUAUUUGCAAACAGAGCAGUGAUGUACUUUGUUGUAAGUGUGAAUGAGGCUCAACACUUGAGAAGGCUCUUUGAGAUAGUUGAGGUGAAAGCUUAGAUAAGAAUAUCAAAGAAGCCAUCACAUUUAAUUUAUGACAGGAAAAAAAAAAACUUAGUCAUGUUGUGAUGCAGUUGGACUGGUCUUUUGGCAUUGCUUUCCUAUAGCCAUUUUGAAAUAUAAAGGUUUUCCUAACAUGUUAACUUUCCUUUUUAUGCUCUUGUAGUGAGAAGUGGAUUUAAUAUUGCAUGCCAUCUUUCUUGUCAGGGUAUUGCAAUUUUUCUGACAUCAUUUUGUUUUAAAGCUGCAUUUAAAUUAAUGAGUUUCCUGUAACAAUUCCACUGUCACUAAUACUUUUUUUGUCAUGAUAACUCUUAAGCAAAGAUAAUGUUUGCUAGGUCAUCCACCUAAAGGAAUUUUGUCCUUGGAAAUUAUUUGUCACCAAAGUCCCCUGUUUAAGUACUGGAUUGUAUCAGUUUGUGAACAAAGGGUGUUAUAACGGAAUGCCUCUAUGAAUUUCUCCAGCAAUGCUGCUGCUGAGAAAACUUGUCGGUGGAAACUUUAAAGUAAAAAUGGAGCUUAAUAAAACAAGGUGUUUUCUCAGAUGAUCACUGUAUGCCUGGAAAGAAAAAAAGAACAUUUCAUGAAAAUUGAAAAAAUGAUAAUAGUUUCUGACUCCUUCAGCAAAAGCAAAGUUUCCAUUUAAUCAAAGAUUUGUGAUGUUUUGUCAUAGAACAAUAAUUUCCACCUGAAUUUCCUGAUGGCCUAGUGUAAGAGCCUGUAUUCGUUGAAGAGAGAGCUUGGUUUUCUAAUGUGAAGAGUUUGUGAACUGUACAGAUUAGUUUCUUAUUCAUUAAUGAAGAGAUCAUUCUUAAAUAUUUUGGUAAAAUAAUACUUUCCUAGUUCCCUUCACAUGUUAAUUAUUGCAUUAUGUAAUGUUUUUCUUCCCGUCUCCAUGUUGUUGCUCGUGGAGAAAUUGGAAUGCCUUGCUAAAGCAAAGAGAUGGAAAUAAAUGUUC